AUGGAGAAGCCUCAGAAAUCUACCAUGCUAUCCAGUCAGCAGGUGCAACUAGGCUUGCUGAUCAACCAAGCCACAAAAACAGAAAAGAUCUUGAAGAAAAAGUCGAAGGAGGAACUCUGGAGGCUGUGCGCAUCAGGAAAUUCUCCAGAAAACAAAGAUGAGCACACACCUGCUUGUAAGAUGAGCAGGAAGCCGGACCUCUCCCUCACCCCUAAAGAGAAGAAGCAGAGUCCAUCUGACAACAAAGGUCCCCCUCCUGCCAUUCCCCAUCAAGGAGAGAAAGGCUUGCCAGCGGUCCCAGUUAAUGACUGUGAACAAUCGUUACUAGGGAAAAUUACACUACAGGAUCUCCCCAGCAGAGCAGGGGGGUUUAAAGCAGCAAAAGGCACAUUUAGUACGGACGUGAAAUGUGGAGAUGUCCAUGUUCAGGUAGAAGUUAAAAAAAGCAUGUUUCGUAAAACAGGUGCCAAGAUCUCUACAAGGAAGAGAUGUCCAAGAUGUCACUGGCGUUUCCCCCUCAGACACAGUCGGAGAUAUUACAGGCCUGGGGGCUGCUUCCCUAGACAGAAGAAUGUGCUGGCCCAAGAACCUGAAGUGCCGUCUACAUUCAAGGGAGCUGCGGUGGCUGCUGAGAGCCCCUCACUGCAAGUCAGCAUUGAAGGAAAAGAAAUCAGGGUUCAAUACAUCAGUGAAACACAGAAUGUUUUCAUUAACAUACGUCAUCCUAACAAGUCGGGGAAAGUCACUAAAUGCAGCAAGGUUUUCUUCAAUGGCAGCACCGAAGAGUGUCCCCGGCCUCGUUCAAAGCACAGCAUUCGGCGCCCUGAGAAGUGCAGGCUCGGAACACAAAAUCAGUGGUGGGAAUGUUGCACUGCCUUGUCUCCCCCUCCGUUUUCCGUCCAGCAGGAGGAUGCUGAUACAGGUGUGGUUUCUCUAACCUUAGCUCCCAAGAGGGAGAGGAAUACGCCAGACAUGCUCCUGCCUUCAUUAGAGGAUGGACAUCCAAAAUCUACCGUCUGUCAGCGCCACAGUUUUGAAGUGACUCAGAACAUGCCCCUAAAGAAACACUCCGCUCAGGCUGACGCUCUGCUCCCAAGCAUUCCUCCCACUUUGUGCAACACACUGAAGGGCUCACGUGUCAGUACUUCAGACCUCAGCAAAAUGCCUUUUGAAGAUGAGAAUCAAGAAAGUAGAAACGAAUUUGAUAUCCUGGAAAACAUCCCACCAGUCUCCUGUGCACAGCAAAACACAGAUGGAUUAAAACACUGGCCAAGUACCAUGGCUGACGUCUCCCCAGAUGAAGAUGAUUUUUCUCUGAGUGUGCAGCUCACAGCAGAAAAUCCAGCCAGCCUCUGCUGCAGAUGCAGCAGAAAUCCACCUGCAGGAUGCUGGGAGAGUGCAAAUUGUGCAUCUUGCAAUCCCAGUCAAAAUACUCCAAAGCCUUCUACCAUAUUCAGUCUAUCUCACUGGGCCAACAGACACCCAGGACCUAAAGACGCACCUGCAGAUAGCUUUUCCUUGAAUUGCUGUCCUGAAUUUGCAUUGGAUCAUGAAAAAGAGGACUUUGACAUGACUGACAGAGACUAUAAUCAAGCGUUGUUACGUAGCAACUCACAGCCGAUGCCGGAGAUGAAGACUAUUCAGACUCCACCUGUUGAGCCUACGUUCUGUGCCAGCCCCACUGCAGGAAGCCCACCCCACAGAAUUAGCCAGAGCACCAUGACAUGGGACCAAAAAGAGUCCCACGCAACUCAUUCACAGACAGAAGCCCCCAGCAAAGUAAAAAUGCCAGUCUUGACCUUUUUGAAGUCAGUUACUCAAAGUGACCAUGAAGGCACAGUUGAUGCUAACUGUCCCAUGGGACUAGAACAGCCCAAAGGGUCACCCAGCUCUCUGGGAAAUGUUGAACAAGGCAGAUGUCAGAUGGCACCCGUGGUAAAGGAUGCUUGCCAUCAAGAUUUAUCAAAUGGGAAUCAUGAGGAAAUCUUUUCUCAAAUGGACUUUCCGACAAACACUACUGAGUCCAGCUGUGCAGUGCACGCUAUAGGCAAUCUAUUUCUUAUUCAGGAAACAGUCACUAGUGGUACCGACCAAAAUGAUAACAAUGAUGAAGGAAGUCUUGGAAUUACCACUUUUAAGCAGGAGCCAGCAGAGUGCCAAAUGAUUCCAUCAACAGAAUCAAACUCUGAAGGAGAUGAUAACAAAAAUGAAAGUUACUAUCACCAGAUAGACAUAUUGCUGUCACCUCACAAGCAGGAGGCUUUCAAAGAUUUGGAAAUAAACAGUCUCCGGAAGUCAUCCCAGGAACUGGCUGCGGGAUGCGGGACAGCCAGUGAUGGUUCCCAGGAAGAAGCAGUAGAGCUGUGGGCCAGAAGGAGGCAGCAGUUCAAAGACGGCAAAAGGUGCAGCUCAGCAGGGGGAAGUUCAUUUACUAGCAACAUCACAGAGGGAUCCAUUACCUCAGAAGAUGGCCGUUCUGUGGACCUCGGUUUCCGCACUGACGUUGAGGAAAAGGGAUUCUACACGGAGAAUUUUCAUUCGGCAGCCUGGGUUUUUCGAGGGGAUGAUGGGAAUCCUGAAGACAGUCCCAGAUGUCUUAGUAAGAAACCCCGGCCAGUAGCUGUUCGUGAGCGAACCGUGAAACUCUUCAAAGGCACCGGGGAUUAUCCUUGGGGUUUCCGAAUUCAGUUCUCCAAGCCAAUCAUGGUCACUGAAGUGGACGCCAACAGCGCUGCGGAGGAAGCUGGACUCCAGAUUGGGGACACGGUACUGGCUGUCAACGGCACCGAAGUCACCAGCGUGGAGCACGCGGAGGCUGUGCACCUGGCGAGAAAAGGUCCAGAUGUCCUGACCCUGGUGGUGGGCUCUGACAUCAGCCGCUGUCCCAACACCCCCUGGCCCACCUGCCGCGGCUACCUCCACAAGAGGACUCACUCGGGCUUCGUAAAGGGCUGGAGGAAGAGGUGGUUUGUGCUGAAGCACGACGGCUGCCUCCGCUACUACAAACACAGAAAGGAUGAAGGAAAAUGGCCACCUCUGGAAGUAAUAAAAUUGGAAGGUGCAGAAGUCAACGUUGACAGCAGCCUAGGAAAACCAUUUGUGUUCAACUGUACACCUCAGUCUGGAACUAGGAUUUUUUGCCUCUGUGCCACUUCAAGCCAAGAAAUGAAAAGGUGGCUUGAUGCAAUGGACAAAGCAGCGCAUCCUGUCCACCAGAGUCAUGUCUGGGAAGAUGUCACACUGCACAAUAGCAGCCUGCCGCCCCUGGCUAUCAAGAAUCCGGAGUGUUUGGGCCUUCUGUACCAGCUGGACAGAGACACAGACACAUGGGUCCAGCACUACUGCGUCCUGAAGGACGGCUGCUUGUACCUCUAUGCUAGCAUCCGUGCCACCCAGGCCUUGGGUGGCCUCUAUCUGCAAGGAUAUGGGGUGAGCGAACAGACCCUCAGCUUCAAGCAGUCAGUGAUUGAACUCAAACCUCCAUCUGAAGAGUUCCAGACUUUCUAUUUCUGUGCAGAAAGUAAAACAGAAAACCAGCGCUGGAUUACUGCUCUGAGAAUGUCUAUAAAAAAAUGGCUUCCUUUGCAGCAAGCUAUUCAAGACUUCAUGAAUCGACCUCCGGAGGAGACCAAAAUGUGA